ACUAUCAAUUAAUAAAAAAUGAAAACUUAAGAGUGACUUGGCUUUCCCAAAAAUCAAACACGACGAAUAUAAUCAGAAGAUUCGGUACCGUACCAUCUCAGAUUCUCCUUCUUCCAUUUCCCUCUUCCUUCUACUCUAAGGAAUCCACUUCCAUAGAAGAGUGAGAUCGAAAGAGGUAAACUGAAACAGUGAAAUGGGAGUGUUUUCCAACAAGAUCGAUCGAGAACAACUCAAUCCUGGUGAUCACAUUUACUCAUGGAGACAAGCAUACAUUUACGCUCAUCACGUCAAGAUGUGCUGGAUUGUAAGAUCUUACGUGCCAUGGAUGCCUGACAGUGCUACGAUAAGCGGAAUAUGUUUUCGUCGCUGGCGUGGUCAAGGAAUAUAUGUCGGGGAUGGAAUGGUGAACCACUUUACGAGGGGAGGAGGGCAAGAAAUUGGAACAGGAACCGUGUUGGACCGUUUCCUUUGCAGUUCAUCCCCCUCCAAUGAUACCGACACUCCAUGCCCAAAAUGUGGUGACCAAAACAAGACCGACGGUGUCAUCUCUUCCUGUUUGGAUUGUUUCCUCUCCGGCGAUAGUCUCUACCUUUUCGAGUACGGUGUCUCAACUGCCUACUUUCUGGCCAAAGCUCGAGGCGGCACUUGCACCCUUGCAGUUGCUGAUCCAAACGAAGACGUCCUUCGCCGCGCUUCUUUUCUUCUUGAAAACGGAUUUGGUGGUUACAACGUUUUCAAUAACAACUGCGAAGACUUUGCAGUUUACUGCAAAACAGGUCUGCUUAUAUCCACAAGCAUCAGUGUAGGCCGCAGCGGACAAGCAGCGUCUUGCUUGGCUGCUGCUAGUACUGUGAUUUCUACACCACUCCGUUUUAUGACAACGAGUUUCAGCGGUUUGGCUGCUGUUGGAUAUGGCAUGUACUGUGUGAGUCGGUUGGUUUCUGAUAUUGGUGUUCGCCGCGAUGUUUCCAAAGUUCCCGUGGAAAGGCUUGUAGCUUCACCGGACUUAGAUGAACCAGAGAAGAUGGAAAUGCUUAUAGCUUCACCUGAAGUUGAUGCACCUGAGAAGGCAGAGGAGGUUACCAAAGAAGAUUAGAGUUGGUUGAACAAACUCUUGUUGAAUUUUAAACUUAUAUGUAUGUUAAAUGUGUGAAGUUUAAUCAUCUCCCUCCAACAUUUACUGUUACAUUUGUGCACUUUCUUUAACUAUAUGGAAGAUGUUAUCCACAAAGGAUAUUGUAUCA